CCAAUUCCGCCUUCUUUCUCAAGCUCUUUUCCUCCGCCGCGGUCACAAUUUCUUUUUUCUCUUCAAUCUUCAUAUAUGCAGGGACCCACGCAUAUUAGAACGUUUUAUCUUGGUCUGUCGAGUAUCGGUCGUCUUUGAUUGCUUAAAACCCUACUUUCGACUGUCUUUUCAACUCCUCAUACGUCAUCAAAUAUUCUUCUAAUUAGUUUUUUUUUUUUUUUUUAGUUUACUAUACCAGACGGAGGAAAGCCUUGCCAUUGUCAUUUGUUAAUUGCAUUCGUUUGUUUUGUUUCAUAGAUUUUUAUUCAUCGAUUUUUUUUUGUUAGCCGGCACUAUUUGUUUUUUGCCUUUUGUCUGGUUGUGUUCUUGCAAGGAAAGACAUUUAAGUAGUGAUGAUGAUGAGUUGAUGGGUAAAUAAAUGAUUUUCGUUCAACAUUGUCUUUUUUACUUUGCAUUGUGUAGGUGCGUAUUUCGUAAUCAUUCUCUUCGGGCUAAUAUCUGGCAGAAUAAUGAAAGAAGCAAUGAGGUCUUUACACCUUCACGUUACAGAAAACUUUGAAUCCCAAAAUAAAGAUGAAUUUCUGGAACAUAUGUGUGCCACAUUCUAAGAUGGAAGACAAAAUUUAUCAGACAAAAAACAAUUAAAUGUAAAAGUAAGCAUGUGGCAGUUAAUAUACUUUUCGUUACAGGAACAAAUGAAAAAGAUUGACAAAUGGCACGAUUCUUUAUUUACAUGAUAUGUGAUUGUUGAUGUGAUCGGUCGCGGAUGUGUAUUUUUAUGUAUGUCUGCUACGCUAAAUCAUAGUUCACAGGUUCCAAAAGGUUGGCUCAGUGGUUAGUUGAGAUUAGGAAGUUAAUUAUUUAUUUUUGAUUCAGCAAAAAUUCAAGGGAAAGCAGGAGUCCAAUUUCUGUUAUUAAAAUUGGGGAGAAAAAAGAAUCAGAACGUUAAUUCAAAUCUAGCAAGUUGGAACUUGAGAGUCUGUAUUCAUCUUUACAACAUUCUCUGUCUUCCUUAGGCUUAUUUCUUUGAUUAGUUCUACAGAAACUCCAUGAAACAUGUUUUGGAAGUUCAGGCUCUAAUUAGAAUGUAUGAGUUACACGUACUGGGCUAAACUGUGAACACUUUAGUAAUGUUCUUUCAGAUGCAUGCCCUUAACAUUUUACUCUUUGAGAUACAUGAACUGAACUUUGCUUUUCUACAGUGAUUGUCUGCUGCUGAAGUUUAGUGUUAUCUCUGUCACGAGGGUUAAUGUAGCUGCACAAUACCUUGUAUCCUGGCUUAAUGUUCUAAACAAACUGUAUCUGGUGACAUUAUUUUGGACUGAACCAUAGAUUCUGGUUAUCUCUUCAUGGCCUCAACUGCUAUCUUAACUUGAUAACUUUUAAAUGAAGAACUAUAUAAAUAUGUGUUGCAGAGUCAUUUUGUUUUAAAGCAUCUGGAGUUCUGCCUUUUGACUGGAACAAUGGAUGAUGGUGGGCAAAGAGAAAGCAGGAGACAGAGGACAGAUUACUACAAAGGGGCUCACUCUCCGUGGAAUGGAAUCCCGCAUUAUCAGAUUAAGGAACAAAAUGCUUUCUUUAUGAAUACAAAGAUCAACAUGCUGUUAGCUGAAAGGGAUGCUGCAAUUGAAGAGAGGGAUAGGGCACUGUCUGAAAAGAGGGCAGCGUUAGAUGAGCGGGAUUCAGCAAUCCAGCAGCGAGACACGGCUAUUAGUGAGCGUGACCAUGCCCUACGAGAACGUGACAAUGCCAUUGCUGCCCUCCAGUUUCAAGAAAGUACUAUGAAUGGUGCAUUAGGUUGUGGCACUCAGCAUGGAAUGAAGCGCUUCAACCAGCAUAGAAGUCCUCAUGCCAAUAGUGCUCAAUCUGCCAACAAGACAAGGGAAGGGCCCAUUACCGAAGCCUUUCCUAUAACAGCAAUUUCAUCUGAAGCUGCCAGGUCGCACCAAGCAAAACGAACAAAAGUGAACAAUGUAAUCCCAGCAAAGUCAAAGUCAGCUAAGAAGGCUAAGGUCGGUGAGGAUCUGAAUAGACAUGUCACAACUGAUGGGUCAAAGGCUGAGUGGGAUGCUCAGGAUCUUAGUUCUCUCAACCAGAUAAGUUUUGAUGAGACUCGAAUGCCAAUACCUGUUUGCACGUGUACUGGUGUAGCCAGGCAGUGUUACAAAUGGGGAAAUGGGGGCUGGCAGUCAUCUUGUUGCACAACCUCCUUAUCAGUGUAUCCACUUCCGCAAAUACCAAACAAACGGCAUGCUCGGAUGGGUGGGAGGAAGAUGAGUGGAAGCGUUUUUAGUCGGUUGCUUACUAGACUAGCAGCAGGUGGUCAUGAUCUGUCAAUUGCUCUUGAUCUUAAAAACUACUGGGCUAAGCAUGGUACAAAUCGCUACAUUACAAUUAAAUGAUUGUUAUCGGUGGUUGAUAUUGACAGUGUAUAAUGCUCUGUUAAGAGCUUCGGGCUCUGAAGUUUUCUAAAAUUUUUAAUUUGUCAAUGGUGGGUUGAAAGCAUGGAAGAUCUGUUUAAGUGUUCCAGCUGGUUUGGUUAAUGCUUUUGGUUCGUGUAAAGCUAACCCUGCAAAAGUGGAAUAUUGCCGACUGCUUGAACAGAACAGACUCGUACUGAUCUAUAGUUGCGGUGGAUGUAUAUUGGUUCUUGAGCAGUGUUGCACUUGGCUUCAAGACUCACAGUUGGACUGGGAUCGCAAUUGGGAUGCUUCUUUAGCUUAAUUCCUGUAGUCGAAAAUCGUAUGAACACUCUUUUAUUUGCGACGUGGUCGUUGACUAGAGAAGUUUUUCGAUACAUAAAGAGAUUUCAAUUGAAUUU